UCUCACUUGUGACGCAGUAUAAAGGAGGAGACGACGUUUCCCCACAUCACAGUCAUCUCUUCCCGACAACCAUGAAGCUGGUCGUGUUCACCGCCCUGCUCGCCUUCGCCGCCGCCGCUAAGCUGCCCGGAGAGUCGCCGCAGCCUCCCACAGCCGUCGUGGAGGCCGCCCACCUGCAGGCGCCACAGCCUCCCAUAGCCAUCCUGCGGGACGACCGUCUGGCGCCGCAUGGAGCCGUCUACAAGACCGACUUCGAGACCGAGAAUGGCAUCGUGGUCAGCGAGAGCGGCCAAGCUGGCUCGGGCGGCCAAAGUAACGCCGAAGGCUUCAUCUCGUACACCUCCCCCGAGGGCCAGCCAGUACAUAUCUCCUACAUCGCUAACGAGUUCGGCUUCCAGCCCCAGGGCGACCAGAUCCCGACGCCACACCCCCUCCCAGCUCACGCCAUCGCCCAAAUCGCCUUCGCUGAGGAGCAAGCUCGCCUCAGGGCCCAGUCUGAGAACUGAGAGUGCCAUUGACGGUGGUGCCACGGGGCUGGCACCCGUGGCACCCGUCUCGUCUACAGAGUGCCGCUUGCUACAGGCCGUCAGAUUUCUCGGAUAAUCCGAGAAUUAUUUUUGUUAUUGAUUUUUGGUUUUAUAGUUAGUCUCAAUGACUGAUAUAGUGGAAGCCAUAUGGCUUCUGUGACGAUGACAGCCAUGUUUGUUUGUCACGAUGAUGGCUGUGUUGUUUGUCUGAAUGACAGCCAUAGUGUCUACCACAUUGACAGUCAUGGUGUGUCACUCAAAUAGACAUGGCGUCUGUCAAACUGACAGCUAUAGCGUCUGUCACAUCGACUGCCAUGGAGUUUGUCACAAUGACAGAAUAACGUGCCACACCGACAGCCAUGGUGCUUGUCAAUGACAGCCAUGGUGCCUGUCAAUGACAGCAAUGGUGACUCAAUGACAGCCAUGGUGACUGUCAAUGACAACAAUGGUGCCUGUCAAUGACAGCAAUGGUGACUGUCAACGACAAUCAUGACAACUGUCACAACGACAUUAGGCUUUCACAACCACCCAAUAUUUCUCUCUAGUCCCAAAGAAAGCACAUUUGUUUACAAUACUAUACUUAUGUACCAUGAAAAAUAAAGAUUCUCGCUUGA